AGAACAUUCUUUAGAAUAACCUCAGAAUCACUGAACACCACUCUGGUGUUGAGAACACGCAUCUUUAAGUUACAUUUAGAGCAUUUUUAACUCUUUUAAAGCUUUCAUGGGAUUAACCGAGGUGUUCAUCGAUUGACAAACCUCAUUCAACUGUCCGGACAUCUUCCGCCUCUCUCUUCCAGGAGCCGCUUGCUCCUCUCUUAUUGUGUGUUUCCUGACAGGAAGCAGUUGCGGCGGCUGCCUGCUUCACAGAGGAUCAGAGCAGCAGGUCAGCGAGUCUGCGGACCGUGAGAGUCGCUCCUGCACCAUGGCUGAGCACUUCACCCUGCUGUCACUCCUCAUCUGCGGAUCCCUGGUCUUUAUUUCAGCAGAUGAUGGCGUCACUCCUGCAGCUUCUUCACCGGUGAGUGGAAGCAGUGCUGAGAACUGCAGCCGCUCUACAACAGACACUCCAAGAACAACUCGGAGACCUGUGGAAGGAGCUGCUGGUGACCUUCCCAGGAGUGAGGAAGGCGAGGGACCAGUCCAGCUGGAAUGUCCGCCGCUGGGUUUGGAGUCACUGAAGGUCAAAGACAGGCAGCUGCGGGCGUCGUCCUACAAGCGACGAGGUCUUGGUCCUCACCGUGGCCGACUCAACAUCCAGUCUGGGAUCGAGGACGGGGACAUCUACGACGGAGCCUGGUGUGCUCAGCACAGAGACACGAAGCAGUGGCUGGAGGUGGACGCCUUGCGCCUGACUCGCUUCACCGGAGUCAUCCUGCAGGGCCGCAAUUCCAUCUGGAGCUGGGACGUGGUUCACACCUACAAGGUCCAGUUCAGUAACGACUCCCUGGUCUGGAUGCCGAGCAUGAACGGAACCAAAGAAGCUAUGUACGAGGGAAACCAGGACGCAGAGACGCCGGUCCUUGCCUUGUUCAACACCUCCACCGUGGCCCGGUACAUCCGCAUCAACCCGCAGAGCUGGUACCAGAACGGGACGCAGGGCGGCGUGUGCCUGCGGGCCGAGGUACUGGGCUGCGUGGUUCCAGAUCCACAGAACAUGAACCCAUGGCAGACGGAACCCACCCAAUCCAGGGACAAGCUGGACUUCAGACACCACAACUACACAGAGAUGAGGAAGCUGAUGAAGUCUGUGACCGAGCAGUGCCCGGACAUCAUGCGCGUCUACAGCAUCGGGAAGAGCUACAAAGGCCUGAAGCUGUACGUCAUGGAGAUUUCUGACAACCCAGGGAAGCACGAGCUGGGCGAGCCAGAGUUCCGCUACGUGGCCGGGAUGCACGGGAACGAGGUUCUGGGUCGCGAGCUGCUCCUCAAUCUGAUGCAGUACUUGUGUCAGGAGUACAAGCAGGGGAACCAGCGGGUGGUGCAGCUGGUCACUCAGACCCGGAUCCACCUGCUGCCCUCCAUGAACCCGGACGGCUACGAGAUGGCGUACAAGAAGGGCUCCGAGCUGUCCGGCUGGGCGCUGGGCCGCUACAGCUACGACGGCAUCGACAUGAACCACAACUUCGCCGACCUCAACUCGGUCAUGUGGACCGCCAUCGAGCUGGAGACGGACCGCUCCAAACUCAUCAACCACUACUUUCCCAUCCCGGAGCAGUACACCUCCGAGGACGCCUUCGUGGCGUCAGAGACGCGAGCGGUCAUCAACUGGAUGCAGAGCAUCCCCUUCGUCCUCAGCGCGAACCUCCACGGCGGCGAGGUGGUGGUGACGUACCCGUACGACAUGACCCGGGACUGGGCGCCACGCGAGCACACGCCCACCGCAGACGAAAGCUUCUUCCGCUGGCUGGCGACGGCGUACGCCAGCACCAACCAGGUGAUGUCCAACCCUGACCGCCGGCCGUGCCACAACAAGGACUUCCUGCGCUACAACAACAUCAUCAACGGCGCCGACUGGCACAACGUCCCGGGAAGUAUGAACGACUUCAGCUACCUGCACACCAACUGCUUCGAGGUGACGGUGGAACUGUCAUGUGACAAGUUCCCUCACGCCAGCGAGCUUCCUGUGGAGUGGGAGAACAACCGCGAGUCUCUGCUGGUGUACAUGGAGCAGGUCCAUCGAGGGAUCAAAGGGGUGAUCCGGGACAGAGACUCGGAGGCUGGAAUCCCCGACGCCGUGGUCAAAGUGGACGACAUCGACCACCACAUUCGCUCGGCUGCUGGGGGCGACUACUGGCGGCUGCUGAAUCCUGGCGAGUACAGAGUGACGGCGAGCGCCGAGGGCUACCUGCCGUCCUCCCGGACCUGCCAGGUCAUGUACGACCACUUCCCCACCAUCUGCGACUUCCGGCUCACCAGGACGCCCAAACAGACUCUGCUGCUGAAGAAAGGGAAGGCGCCCAAAGACCUGCAGCUGCGGCUGCGACAGCUGCGCCUGCGCAAACUCCGCGUCACCACCAAAGCUAUCAACCAGAGACGAGCCGCCACCAAGAAGAUGAGAUGAUCGGGCGACCGACCUCCUCGGGCUGCGUCCACACGACGACGGAAACAUUCAAGAUGAAUCAAAAUCUCAGCAGUGUUUGGACACUAACCCCCGAGUCGGUCUCCAUGCUGGCAGCACAAUUAGCCAAUUUCAAGUUGGUCCACCAGAGGGCUCCCUCCCGCAGAAAACACUUGUGUUCUCCUUAGUGACUCACACCACAGUGAGUCCUCCUGACUUGCAUUGCCAGGAAGGAAACCACAACAGAAUCCCACACCUCUGACUGAGCCCCAAUGAGUCAAGAUGCUAGUGAGUUUGAGAUGAUAUAAUUAUGAUUCAUGUGAGUCCUCUAGAUCAAGUCUCUGAGUCUCACUGACUCCAGGCGCUAGACAAAAACAUAUUUGGAUCAUUUGCUGGAGGAAUCCUUCACACUUGAGUUACUUAAGAUGUUAACUCACUAAGGACUCGCUGAAUGGAACACAUGUGAAUGACUCUAGUUGGCAGACAGGAGGAAAACCAGACUCAUUCAACACUGAAUCCCACGUCUAAGUCCCUGUGAGUCAAGACGUCAGUAUGUCUGAAGAACAAGUGAGUCCUGCAGUACAACCUUCAAAUCUAAUAAAUCCUUGAAAAAAAAUAAGUCCAACACGAAAAAAAAUAAGUCCAACAUCCAGGUGAGUCUCAGCAACUCCAGUCAGAAAAUGAUUUUAAUCUUUUAGUGGAUGAAUCCCACACACUCAAGUGACUCUCAAGAUGUUAUGGAGUCAAUGAGUCUAACUCAAGGACUCACUGAUGGAAUCCUACACACCUGGGUCAGUUCCAGGAAAAUGAGUCGGCAGAUGGAAAGUGAGUCACAGGAAGGAAGUCAAACAAAGCGUCACUGCUCAUGUGGACGUCACAUGACAGGGUCAGCUGAAGCAAGAAGCGAAGGACAAACUCUGUACUAGAAACCACCUUUAUUACGACACACAUGCAACAAAGCUACUGCAGGACGACGAGCUUCCAUCUGACAGAGCUCCUCAUCUUCGGUGGAGUCGGCACGUCGGCGUCUGUGAACACAAACGUUUGAGAGUCCAUUGUCUCGCAUAUAUUAAAGUCGUGAAUAAAUCUGACACUAUUGUUCUCCAAACUAGUCAGGG